CCGAUCUUGGAGUACCCGGAUGAGGGCGCCCUGUCCGGUCUUUGGGAAGUAGCGGCGGUUUCUGAGGUGGUGGACGUGGGCGAGAGCUGGUCGCGGAGGUGCGCCGACGCCUCCUCCUCCUCCUCCGGAGCUGACCCGCCGACCUCAUCCCUACUCCGCGCCCCUUGCCCUUUCCCAGACCCCGUCCACUCCAUCUUCCUUGCUCCAGGAGCCUUCGGGGUUGUUCCCCCUUUUGGAACCGGAAGGUACUGCAGAGGCCUAGAGAGGGGAGGAAGGUGACAUCAAUUUGUGCACCUCCCAGACUAGAACCGAGAUACUGCUUGCCACCUUCACUGUGCUCAGGCCCGGUAGCACCCACGGGAUUACCCAUCCUCCGGCAGCUCAGUGCGAAGGUGUGAACUCAACUUCCUUCAGAGCCUCCCCACCAUGACCUCCAAGAAGCUAGUGAACUCGGUGGCAGGCUGUGCCGAUGACGCCCUUGCUGGCCUGGUGGCCUGCAACCCCAACCUGCAGCUCCUGCAAGGCCACCGUGUGGCCCUCCGCUCUGACCUGGACAGUCUCAAGGGCCAGGUGGCACUACUGUCGGGUGGGGGCUCUGGCCAUGAGCCCGCCCAUGCCGGUUUCAUAGGGAAGGGGAUGCUGACAGGGGUCAUUGCGGGAGCCGUGUUCACCUCCCCAGCAGUGGGCAGCAUCCUGGCAGCCAUCAGGGCAGUGGCCCAGGCAGGCACAGUGGGGACCCUCCUCAUCGUGAAGAACUACACUGGGGAUCGGCUCAACUUUGGCCUGGCCCGGGAGCAGGCCCGGGCGGAGGGCAUCCCUGUGGAGAUGGUGGUCAUCGGGGAUGACAGCGCCUUCACCGUCCUGAAGAAGGCAGGCAGGCGUGGGCUCUGUGGCACAGUGCUCAUACACAAGGUGGCGGGUGCCCUGGCUGAGGCAGGUGUGGGGCUGGAGGAGAUCACAGAUCGGGUGAGCGAGGUCGCCAAGGCCAUGGGAACCCUGGGAUUGAGCUUGUCCUCCUGCAGUGUCCCCGGUUCCAAACCCACCUUUGAGCUCUCAGCCGAUGAGGUGGAGCUGGGCCUGGGGAUCCACGGGGAGGCUGGCGUGCGCCGGAUAAAGAUGGCGACCGCCGACGAGAUUGUGGAGCUCAUGCUGGAUCACAUGACGAGCUCCUCCAACAUGUCCCACGUGCCUGUGCAGUCCGGCUCCUCAGUGGUGCUGAUGGUCAACAACCUGGGUGGCCUGUCAUUCCUGGAACUGGGCAUCAUAGCCGACGCCGCCGUCCGCUCUCUGGAGGGCCGAGGGGUGAAGAUUGCUCGUGCCCUAGUGGGCACCUUCAUGUCAGCCCUGGAGAUGCCUGGCAUUUCUCUCACUCUUCUGCUGGUGGAUGAGCCCCUCCUGAAACUGAUAGAUGCUGAGACCACCGCCUCGGCCUGGCCUAACGUGGCCAAGGUCUUGGUGACUGGGCGGAAGCGGUGCCGGGCUGCCCCCGCCAAGCCCCUGGAGGCCCCUGAUUCCACUGCUGCAGGAGGCGCAGCCUCGAAGCAGAUGGUGCUUGUGUUGGAGCGGGUGUGCGCCACCCUCCUGGGCCUGGAGGGACAUCUGAACGCCCUGGACCGCGCCGCCGGCGACGGGGACUGUGGCAGCACCCACAGCUGCGCUGCCAGAGCGAUUCAGGGGUGGCUGAAGGAGGGCCCACCCCCUGCCAGCCCUGCCCAGCUACUCUCCAAAUUGUCCCUCCUGCUACUGGAGAAGAUGGGAGGCUCAUCCGGGGCGCUCUAUGGCCUUUUCCUGACUGCUGCGGCCCAGCCGCUCAAGGCCAAGACUGACCUUCCAGCCUGGUCUGCUGCCAUGGAUGCCGGUCUGGAGGCCAUGCAGAAGUAUGGAAAGGCUGCCCCAGGGGACAGGACUAUGCUGGAUUCUCUGUGGGCAGCAGGACAGGAGCUCCAAGCCUGGAAGAGCCCAGGGGCUAAUCUCCAAAUCCUGACCAAGGCAGUCAAGGUGGAGAAAAUGAGACUCACCUGGGCCCCAAGGCCUGCCUCUGAAUGCAUGGGGCAAGGAUGGGUCUGGCAGGAGUAAGAAGAUCCCUCAGGUAAGGACCUGACUGUGCCACGAGAGGCUUCAGCGUCCUGCUCCCUAGAGCAAGGGCUGGCGGACUGCCGCUCACAGGCCGGGUCCAGCCCGCUGCCGAUCUUUGUGAAUAAAGUGUUUUUACUCCAUAUGACUAAACAUCAUUUGUUGAAAAGAACAUCUUGUCCCACAGCUCUGCAGAGCUACCUUUCCUCACUUGUCUAUUCACUUAUCACUACCACACUUUUUUUUUUUAAUUGGAAUACAGUUGAUGUACAAUGUUGUAUUAGUUCCAGGUGUACAGCGAAGUGAGUCAGUUAUACAUUUAUAUAUAUCCACUAUUUUUUAGAUUCUUUUCCCAUAUAGGCCAUUACAGAGUAUUGAGCAGAGUUCCCUGUGCUAUACAGUAGGUCCCACGCUGUCUUAAUUACAGUAGCUUUAUAAUAAACCUGAAUAGAUGGGAGAGUAAGCCCUCCAACUCUGCUCUUUUUCAAAACCUUCUUGACUAAUCUUGGCCCUUUGCAUUUCAAGAUAAUUCAGUCUGAUUGUCAGUUUUCACAAAAAUAAGCACUGAGACCUUGGGGUUGAAAUUAACCUACAAAAUGAUUUCAGGAGAAUUUACAUCUUUACAAUGUUUAGUCUUCCAAUCCACUUACACAGUAGUAUAUCCCUCCAUUUAUUUAGG